AAAAUUAGAGUAAUUUCAGUUUAGGUAAGGAAAGGUCUUGCUUGAUAGCUUCUUAAAUUCGUCUGAAACGAGUAAAACUUAAGAUGAAAAUUGUUGCCUUAUUGGCGCUUUGCUUAAUAGUUACCUUAGUGAACGCACAGGGGAACUACAAAAAAGUUUGUUAUUUUGCUAACUGGCCCUAUUACCGCCCAGGGGCUGGACAGUACGACGCGGAUAAGUUAGAUCCGUUCGAAUGCACACACAUGAUCUAUGCGUUUGCUGUUCUUGACAAGGUGACCUACGAAAUGGUAGUCUACGAUUCCUACGUAGACAUUGAUCUUGGUGGUUACCAAAAAUUCACCGCCUUAAAGCAACGAAAUCCUAACCUUAAAACAUUGAUUGCGCUUGGUGGCUGGAAUGACUCGGCAUUUACUACUCAAUAUUCAGAAUUAGUUGCUGAUCCAGUGAAGAUGAGAAAUUUCGUAUCAAAAGCUGUUGCUUUUGUUCGUCAGUAUAACUUUGACGGUCUUGAUUUCGACUGGGAGUAUCCUGGAGAUCCGGGAAAACCUGAAGACAAACAGAACUUUAUUACACUCCUCGCUAUGCUUCGGGAUGCUUUCAAACCAUACAACUUACUUUUAACUAUGGCACCAUCUUGCAGUAUCAAACGAGCUGAAGUCAGCUACGAUAUCCCAGGCCUAGCCGCCACAGUAGAUUUUGUCAAUUUCAUGGCAUACGACAUACAUGGAGCUUGGGAAAAUCAAGUAGAUCAUCACGCACCCCUUUACCGACGUAGUUUUGAAGAAGGAAAAGAGGCGGUUAUUAUAUCUGAGUCAAUCGAUUAUUGGUUGGCGCAAGGUAUGCCCGCUCAGAAGUUGAUCUUUGGAUUGCCCAGCUACGGUCGAAGUUACAGAUUGGCUGAUGCAACGAAAACGGACCUAUUGUCUCCGGCUAUCGGUGCUGGUCCUCUUGGACCAUACACCGGACAGGAUGGAUUCCUUGCUUUGUACGAAAUGUGCUUGAAUCAACAGAGCGGAUGGACAGUGGUCACCGAUCCAACUGGCAAAAUGGGUCCUUAUGGCUACAGUGGUACAACAUGGGUCUCAUGGGAUGACAUUGACAUGGUUAUCACUAAGGUAAAAUACGCUAUGAACAAGGGUCUUGGGGGUAUUAUGUUCUGGGAACUCACCUUGGAUGACUUUAACGGAUUCUGUAACAUGGGCCAACGACCAUUUUCAAAGGCCAUUACCGCAACUUUAGAAGGACGACCUUUUAAUACGUCAACCCCAGCUCCAACUCCAACGCAAUAUCCGAUAACGACGACAAAAGCUAUGACCUGCACAAGCGAAGGAACAUAUUAUGCUGAUCCGGCCAACUGCACCAAAUACUACCGAUGUGUUAAUGGCAAGAUUAUCACUUACUACUGUCCAGCUAGCCUUGCAUUCAACUCUUACAUCAGCCAAUGUGAUUGGCCCUACAACGUACCUGGAUGCGCCUAAUCUUCCCGUUUAAACUUGGACUUUUUCUUCCCGCUUCCUUAUGGAAAUAAGUUGCCGUAUUUGAAGUAGAAAACCAAUACUUGCUAAAACAUGGAUAUGAAAACACUUAGUAAUAUAAAUAUGACCCAUAUAGCAAGAAUAAUAAAGAUACCUGCGUAUACCUA